AAUCUCAAUAAUUCAUUCUUUUGAAAGUGAAGCAAUGGACGUGGUGCAUGCAGAAAGUGUAUGCACCAGUUAUUUUGUGUGAGCGUUUAAAUGGAAGUGGGAAGUUCAACUCUGUGAUUCUGUUAUCGGGUAUAUACCAAACGUGACCUUGUUGAAUGUGUAUAUUAUGUUAUCGUUGUGAUGCGUGGAUAUGUUCAAGCGUGAUCAAGCUAUAACGUAAAUGGAUAAGGAUGUCUUAAGAUUCCGAUUUUAAAUUUCAGAACGUGUUUUGGGAAUCAUAGUAAAGAUUAAUUUCACUGCAUCAUGGCGGUCAACUGGGUCGGAAUAGCUGGUAUCGUGGUCUUCUACCUCCUCAUCCUCGCCAUCGGACUGUGGGCGUCCAAGAAAUCCAAGGGUGACUCUGAUCCCGACAGCGUGCUCGUAGCUAGCCGAGAUAUGAAUCUCUUCGUUGGGGUCUUGACGACAGCAGCUACCAUUGUCGGGGGUGCGUACAUCAACGGAGCGGCCGAGUCGGUGUUUGCAUACGGUCUCGUGUGGACGCAAGCACCUUGGGCUUAUGCCCUCUGUAUAUCACUGGGUGGGAUUUUGUUUGCCAAGAAUAUGAGAGCUAAAGGUUACCUGACCAUGCUCGAUCCAUUUCAAGAGAAAUACGGCAACAGAAUGGGAGGACUUCUCUUCAUUCCUGCCCUCUUCGGAGAGAUCCUUUGGUCAGCCGCCAUCUUGUCAGCUCUUGGAACAACGAUGAGUGUGAUCCUGGAUUUGAAUGUAACACUGUCUGUGAUCAUCUCGGCAGUCAUCGUCGCUUUCUAUACUUUCUUUGGGGGUCUCUACUCUGUUGCUUACACGGAUGUCGUGCAGUUGUUCUGCAUAUUCAUCGGUCUGUGGUUUUGUGUUCCUUUUGUGAUGACGUACGAGCACGCAGCACCCAUCACGUCCACAUCAAAAGGAUGGAUUGGUACCAUCAAACCAUCGGAUGCCGGUGUCUGGAUAGACUUUACCAUGCUCAUGUUACUGGGUGGGAUAACAUGGCAGGCGUACUUCCAGCGAGUCUUAGCAGCCAGGUCACCUGAAAAGGCUCAGAAGAUGUCAUACAUUGCUGGGUUCGUCGUACUCUUAAUGGCAGUCCCAAGCGUACUCAUUGGUGCUGUGGGAUACAGCACAGACUGGAACUCCACCGCUCUGGAUUUGAACAAGACCAAUCCUUACGAGGAACCGGCCCUGAUCCUUCCCUUGGUGAUACAGUACCUGACUCCUACCUACGUAGCGUUCGUUGGUCUUGGAGCCUUGUCAGCAGCGGUCAUGUCCUCGGCAGAUUCCUCGGUCCUUGCAGCCAGUUCCAUGUUUGCUCAUAACAUCUGGGGAGGUCUCUUCCGGGCCAAGGUAUCGAAACGCGAACUGGUGUGGGUUAUUCGAAUCUCAAUUGUGAUGACUACUGUACUAGCUACCAUCAUAGCCCUAACUGUCCACUCCGUCUAUUAUCUCUACGUACUCUGUUCGGAUCUCGUCUAUGUUAUCAUAUUUCCUCAACUCGUAUGCGUCUUGUACGUCAAGUUCUCCAACACUUACGGAUCACUUGCGGGUUUUAUCCUCGGUUUCAUUUUCCGAGUCGGAGGGGGAGAAGAAACUCUUCACAUUCCUGCUUUCAUCAAGUUCCCCUUCUACAGCGAAACAGACGGCCAACGUUUUCCAUUCCGGACUUUUACCGUCGCCACCUCUUUCGCCGUCAUCAUCGUCGUCUCGUACGUCACCGAUAUCGUCUUCAGGCGAGGUCAUCUUGGACCUCGAUGGGAUGUCUUCAAGUGCGUCACCAACGUCGAACCCUUGCCUGACGAGGUCAAGUACGAGGGCGAGAAUGACGAACUGCAAAUGAAGAGCGAACGAUCAGGAAAGGAGCAAGUCGAAGAGGUGGACGAGAUAAAGAAACCACUUACUCGUAAGGACGAGUCAGAAUACGUUGCCGGUGAUACGAGGAUAUGAAUUAGCGAUCGACCACGACGCUUCGUAGCUGCGCUUCCACUGUUAGCCUAUAACAGAAAACUGCUGACAACCAGCCGGUGAAUGUACAUUUUAGGCACAAACUCUUUUUAUUUCCUUUUUUCAUACGCACAAAACAUUGUAACUGAGGUUUAAAUAAAUUCGAUAUAAUUGUUUUAUAAGACAGCUCGACACACUAUAGAAAGGAAUAAGGACAGAAUAUUUAAGAAUUGCGCAUGCUAAGUCGUAAAUUAUGAACCUAAGCAUGCGUAUGCAGAUCUUGGAAGAUUUAAGAUCUACGCAUAUCCAGUCUGACUGAGCACGCAGAGAUCUCGAAUCUUCCGGGGUUUUGUUCCCUUUCUUCCUUCGCAUAUUCUAAAUCUUCCUUAUUAAUAAAAGUGCCGGCAAAAUGAAAUAACAUUGAUAAUUUUUCAUUUAAAGACAGAGUUGCAUUUUCCAAUACGUAUGGCAUUGCUAUUGGGCAUUAUUCUUUUGUUCGGUGAUUUAUUUGGACAUCACCCUUUCACUAUUAACUGGUCAAUAUGAAGUCCUUGAUUACCAUUUGAGGUCACAGAAGAGGCCUAGAAUAUGAAACGGGAACUGUAAAUAUCACUUGGGAUUACUGUACAAUUGUAUUAAUUCCAUAGGUGAAUCAUUGUGUAUAUCAGCAGUUUUAUAAGUCAAGAAAGAAUUACGUAAUCAAAGAUUGAAACGUAUUCUUCUUUUUUUAUAGGAAAGUUGUUCGUGUGAGUUUUAUAUCUAGUCGUUCGGAAAUAUUGAGCGUAAUUUAGCAGUUCAUAAUGUUAGUAAGGUGCGAAACGAAUUCGAGCUCGAGAACUAUAAUGUUAUUGAGCCAUGUAAUGAGCUCUUUGUGAAAAUAAACUGAGUUCCAGAAAACUGAUCAAAUUUUUAUAAGAUCACUGCACAGUUACACCCAGUAAAAAUGAACAGUAUUAAUAAUAAACAGCCUAGCUUCAGUAAUCUUUUCUAAGCACAUGUGAAUAAUUAAGAGAAUUGUUCAAUCACAGAGAGACUAUUGCCCGGCCAAACAUCAUUUGGUUUCAGAAUUCAAAGUCACACAAUUGCAAAAGAAAGACCAAUGAAAAUGGGACGGGAUUGAACAAACUUCCCAGCCAAUUACACAUGUCCUUCACGGGCAUGUUGAAGUGACUGGCUCAAUCACAAAGAAGCUACAGGAAGUUAACAUCAUUUUUUUAAAGGUCAAGUCCACCCCAGUAAAAUGUUGAUUUGAAUGAAUAGAGAAAAUCAAACCAGCAUAACGCUGAAAAUUCAUCAAAAUCGGAUGAAAAAUAAGAAAGUUAUUACAUUUCAUAGUUUCGCUUAUUUUCACAAAACAGUGAUAUGCACAACUCGGUGACAUGCAAAUGAGACAGUCGAUGAUGUCCCUCACUCACUAUUUCUUUUGUUUUUAUUCUUUGAAUUAUACAAUAUUUCAUUUUUUUAAAGAUUUGACAAUAAGGACAACCUUGACUGAAUCAUAUAGUAUUAAACAAUGCUAAUUCCACAUGUUCAUGGAGGAAAUACCCAUUGUUUCACAUGACAAUGAGUAGAAAAUUAGAACAUUUCAUUUUUCAUAAAAUAAAAUACAGAAGAAAAAGUGAGUGGAUGACGUCAUCAGUCUUCUCAUUUGCAUACCGACCAGGAUGUGAAUAUAACUGUUUUGUGAAAUUAAACAAAACUUUAAAAUGUUUUUUCCCAUUCAAUUUUGAUGAAAUUUUCAGUAUUAUGCUUGUUGGAUUUUUCUCUUUUUAUUCAAAAUCUACUUUUUGUUGGGGUGGACUUGUCCUUUAAUGACUCGAGACCAAUCACACACCCAUACACAGAUUUCCCGGGGAUGUCCCUGCAGUAAGCGGGGAAUAUUCUGAACACCGUGUCUAUCUCUGUGUGGCUGUGUACCAUACACACAGAUACACACGAUGUGCAGAUUAUCACACGAGAAUACCGGGAAUGUCAGAACGUGGGAGAGAAGUCAUAAAAAACCCCAUGGUUCCAAUAAAUUUUUAACUAGAGGAUACUUUGCUAUAUAGGUGUCUGAGUUAGCAAUUGAAGUUAAAGGGAUUGGCUAACAUUGAUUUGACUUUUUAAAAAUCUGAGCUAGAAGGUCACACUUGUCACCUGUGUCUGUGAUAUGUUACAAAAAUGUAGCCCAGAAAAAAUCUCGUCUGGAAAUCAUUUUUUAGUGCUUCAAAAGAGAAAUAUAAAGUGACCGGAAACACCAUCUUAAUUUCAUCCUAUACACUUAUGUGUUCAAUUUAAGCGUUUUUAAGACGCCUUUUUACAAAAUUGGGUUUUGCCUUGUUUUUUAGCUUUUCAUUCUCAAUAAUGGUUGUUUUCAGGGUUUUUUUUAAAAUACAUCUACUUGUACAUAUGUUUCAUCUUGGUUUGAUAAUUUUUUUAAUCGGCUGCUCACAAAGUUAAAUAAUACCUUUAAUUGACAUCCGAUUAAAACAUGAUAUACGAUCAUGGUGAUUCAAAAUCAUUUUUAUUUGAAGAUCGCUUUAGACUUUUUCAAACUGUUUUAUUUUACUUGUUGUGCAUAAUGUAUAUAUCGACAGAUGGUUUCCUAUUACGGACAUCAUCCUCACCAUGUUCUGUAAAAUUUGAAUUUAUAAAAAUAUCCUCGUGUGUAUCAUAAUGUUUGUUAACUUUAUUAUGUUUUUUUUUAUCUAGCUGGUUAUAUCUCUAUUAAAAAAAAAACUUUACACA